GAAAAGACUGCGGAGGGGAUGCAUGCUGGGACUGGCAGCCCUGUACAUGGACCAUUCCAAUGCAGGGUUACAUAGUGGAGUUGGUGGAGACCUGCAAUGCUCCCUGGAAAGAAGGCAUGGAAUAAAACAACAUAUUUAACCUGUAAGGCUAGAAUGAAUGCCCUCUUAAACUAUCUUAGAACUCUUAUUUAUUUCUCUGCAAGUAAUGUUACCCUAAGACAAAAGUAGUCCUUUUGAAGUUCUGUAAAAUGAGAAGUUGGAUUAUCACUGAUUUCUCUACAUGCAUAUGUUAGUGUACUACAAAAAUAGGUCUCAGAGAUAGAUAAAUGAUUGUUAAUGCUAUGUAAAUUAUUGAAAAAAAUUACGUUAAAACAAAUGCCUUGGGUAAAAGAAUGUAAUUGUUAUUUUGUGAAUUCAUGAAACUGUUGUGGGUUCUGCAUGUGUAUGUGGGAGUGUUGGUCAUCUGAGGUUUUUUUCAUGUUUGUUUAUGUAUUAUCAGAUCACCUAGUGUAUAGCAGUGUAUAGACCCAUUGGUGCAUGGUAACUGACCAAUCAGAGACACAGAAUUCUACUACAGGGAUACAAAGAAGAUUGUGUAAGUGCCUCAACAUGUCAGGACAGCAUGAAACGGGGCAAGGCAAGCAGUCUCCUCCAUGUCUUAAAAUGGCGCAAUCCCAGACGAGAUACCAUCGUCGUUAUACUGGUCGUGGCUACAAUUAUCCUCUUGAUUCAAAAGGAGCUAAUGCGCCAGCAAGCCACAACGGCUGUUCACGCGGACUCCAAUUGGGCAGAAGUUGUUUCGUGGCGUCACCAGCAUACUGGACGUCAACUGACGUCAUCGGAUCUUUACGAAGAAGACAGGCGUAUUGCCAUUGGUUGCGCUGUUACUACCCGUAGGAUCUUUGGUCUUGAUGAGAAUAACAUAAAAGAGCGAUUGCCUCUAUUUAAACAGAUGUUACCAACGUUUUGUAAAACAGCCAGCAUCGGUUUCAACUACACAUUCUUCAUUGCUCAUGAUAAUAAUGACCCGUUCUUUAACAUGAUGGAUGCUCAUUUAGUCUUCCAGCAGGCGUUUGCCAGCGUCCUGACCGCCUACUGCUCAUAUAAAAUCGCAGUUUCCCUCCAUAUAAUAGAAGUCCCCUAUGGUUCUAAACCGUCUUGGGCACAAGCCGACGCCAUGUUGGUGGCAUACUUAGAAGACAUGCCGUAUUUCUACCGUAUCAAUGACGACACCCGUUUUACGACAUCUGGUUGGACCGAGGCCUUUAUAAGCAGGCUGGCUAACUUUCAACCCCCUAACGUCGGUGUAGUGGGUCCCCAACACAAAGGAGGCAAUGAAGAGAUAUUGACAUACGAUUUCGUCCACAGGACUCACAUGGAUAUUUAUGGGGUAUACUAUCCGCGGAUUUUCACCACAUGGUGGGCGGACCAAUGGAUUUCUGAUGUCUAUUCACCGUCGCGCUUUGCAAAACUUCCCUCCGUUCAAGUGGAACAUGUUCAGGGCUUCAAAAGCAGAUAUGACGUGGACUUUAGCCGGGAACAGUAUUUUAGAGAAGAGGAAAGCAAAGGGAAGGCGUACCUGGCAAGAUGGUUGGAGGCAAAACAGAAAGCGUCUUUAAGCAGAAAUACCGAUACUCGGCAUGUAAUUGCUUAUACCCUAUAUGGUGCUAACUUAACGUACACUUAUGGUGCCAUUAGAAUCGCUCAGCUAGCUCCCGUUAUAUUCCCCAAAUGGAAACUCCGUUUUUACGUAGAAGAUAGUUCGGGAGGUGAAAACUCUACAAAAUACCCAGCAGUGCCGUCGUUAAUUUUAAAAAUCUUGCGUCGCCUAGGUGCACAAAUUUCUAUCGUCAGUCGUGACGACGCGCGCGACAUCCCAGCAGCAUUUUGGAAGUUCCUGGUGGCAGACGAUCCAAAUAUUAGUAAAUUUUUAUUACGAGACGUCACAACCCGACCCACGGACAGAGAAGCCAUUUUUCUGGAGCACUGGAUGACUUCGAAAGAACCAUUUUACUGCAUCCGGGACCACCCUAAUCACGGGCGCUUUGCUUUGAUGGGGAAUUUAUUCGGUGGUAAAGCUGUCGACUUGCAGAAAACCCUAAGAAACUCCAUACGAGAAUCCAUAUCCGGAUAUAAAGACCUUAACGCGUUUCUGAACGAACGUGUCUGGCCGCUGAUUAAGUCCAACACUUUGUGUCACGACAGUGUCGCGUGCGAGAAGUACCCUAACUCCGCACCUGCCCCGUUAGAACGCACACAUUAUGAUUACAUAGGGGAGCACGUGGCACCCUACGGUGAACCUCUGUACCCAGAUGAACUUGUGAAGCUGCAGCGUAUGGCAGUACAGAAGAAAUGUGUCAACGACACUCGGUAUUCAAUGCUGUUCUACAGCCUGGGGAUGUCUAUAGCGCCCGUGUAUGACGUCAAAAACACAUUGCGACCUUUUGGGGUGAAAUUUGUAGACAACAGCCUAUCUGAAAACUGCGGUGCCUUCAAAUCGUGUGCCAGUAGUUUGAAAGUUCUAAACCGGAAUAAUACCGUAGAUCUGAGCGCUGAGGAUGCUGAACGUUUUUUCCAAGCGUAUAAAGAAGACUACCUUUUCACUCAGGUGGAUGCCUUCGUUUGCACUGAUCCGGUCUCCGUAUGUGAGGCAUUCGUGAAAUUUAAUAAAAGUCUUCUAAUCAUGACGUCGACGAGGUACGAAAAAGGUCGAACCUCGCCGAUUAGAUGGCGGCAGUGGAACAAGCGUUUAUUGACCUUGGCUAAUGACCCCACUAACGUCAUCGCUGCCACAAGUAAAUAUGACGUAGAAUAUAUGAAAUAUUUCCUUGGGACAGAGGCUCUUCUGCUUGAACCUAGUUGCGCGUACCUCAAAUACAAAUAUAACCCAAAGAAAAAUCAGUUUCUCUUGGGUCCGAUACUCAGCGAUGAAUUCCGGUCAUUUUUCAGACAAGAACUUAAUUUUGCAAUGAAUAAGACGAAAGUCAACGUAGAAAUAGAGUAUAUGCCGUAUAGCAGUCUAUUCAAGGCGGGCUCUCACAGGAGAAUAUCAGAAUACAAAGGAAUCAUACACAUUCCGUUCGAUGUGACCUCCAUGUACCAGACUGAGCAAUAUCGAAUGAACAUUCCAUUGUUUUUUCCAUCCCUUGAUUUACUCAUUAAAUGGCAUCUGAAAUAUCAGCUGCUACAGCAGCGGACGUUAGCAGGACAAGAGGGUCGUUCCGCAAAAGCGUCAGCCAUUCCUGGUGUUAUGGAUGUUCCUGAUCCAAAUGACGACACUUAUGACGUGGCGCUUCGCCACUGGUUGCAAUAUGCGGAUUAUUACCAGUGGCCUUAUGUGAUACUUUUUGAAUCUCUAGAUGAUCUUGUAGAGAAAUUAGAAAGAGUCGAUCUCGCUGAAACGAGCAGAGAAAUGAUGACGUACAAUACGUAUCUUAAGGAGCAGCUGUUAGACAAAUGGAAACGUGUACUCACGCGAUUAGCUAUUACAAAAACGGGACACUUUUGGCGACAUAGCAAAUUCGAGCUUCAUACAUUAAAGAUAUAAUGAAAUUAACACUGUGGUGAUUAAUUUAGCAUAAAUGCGACGUCAAUUUUGAUAUUUGCAAUUCUGAUUACGUUUGAAACAAGUUACGAUGAUUCCACUGUACAUUUCGGAACUGCGUACCUGUUUUGUUUGAUAUGAUUUAAUACGAGUGAUGUCAAGUAAACCAAGGAGGUGCAUGCACCUUGAUUUACAGUUUCCAUAGACAAAGAUCAACAAAAUUAAGGCUGUGAUAAAAAUUAUUUAAAAGUUAAAGGCAAAAAAUAUAAAUCAUUUUACAAUUGUAAGUAGACAGUUUUGAAAAUGAUAAUUUCAACCAAAUGCAAUAUCUUCAUCUGAUUGACACUGCUAGCCUGCCAAGACUUUGUAGAUAUCAUUAUUUUGGAGGGAAAACAUGGUGUUACAACAAAUAAAGCUUUGGU